AUGAUCAAUAAAAGUGAUGUAGCUCCAAACAUAAUCGAUUUCGUGAAAUCCCCAGUGAAUAUAAUAGACUUCAUUGCCACACUAAGUUUCUAUUUGGACGUUGUAGUGGAAUUGGCCGUAGUGAGACGAAAAAUAGACAAAUCAGAUAUAUUAGAAUUUAUAUCGAUCGUGAAAAUAUUGCGUUUGUUCAAACUGACGAGGCACAGCCCGGGUUUGAAGAUAUUGGUGCAUACAUUCAAGGCGUCUGCGAAAGAAUUGACACUUCUUGUGUUUUUCCUUGUGUUAGGAAUCGUGAUAUUCGCCAGCUUGGUUUAUUAUGCUGAGAAGUCACAAGACAACCCAGACAAUCAGUUCAAAUCGAUCCCACUGGGACUCUGGUGGGCGAUCGUUACCAUGACAACAGUCGGCUAUGGGGACAUGGCCCCGAAGACCUAUCUGGGGAUGUUUGUUGGGGCCCUCUGUGCCCUGGCAGGGGUGCUCACUAUAGCUCUACCAGUGCCGGUCAUCGUGUCCAAUUUCUCCAUGUUUUAUUCACAUACGCAGAGUACCAUGACGAACGUAAGAGUUCGUUUCCACCACUCGUCUUGGGAGUCAGUUGAUCAAAUUGAAUUUUCUGCUGGACUUAUCCAUGGAGGCUGGGGUGAUAACCUAUACGAAAUAUCGCCUGUAAAACCGCUGAGCAUAUAA